AUGGAAACCAUUAUCGCACAUCUUAUCCAGAUCAAGGUGGAGAUUCCAAAUCUCAAUGUGGGAUGUGUUGACCGUCUGCUGUAUUCUGCUGCUCGGAGAGGCUAUUUUUCCAUUGUGAAAACGCUGUUGGAUCUAGCCUCUCGCCGCAUAAACCCACCUCAUUAUUACGACACAAUUCUAUCAUACGCGUUGGGAGGGGAAGACUAUUCGUCCGAUGAGAGAGCUUGCUCUUGCACAAAGCAAGAUGUCUCCUCCGGAUCCAGCGAGAAGCUACUGACAGAUCAUUAUUCAACUGUGCAGCUACUACUGGAUCUCGGCGCCCGCUGCAACUAUACCGGGAAUAUCUACUCUUCAGACAUGCCGAUACUACUUGCACUGUUCAAGUGUAGCUCAAUCUCCAACGGCGUUGUGAAGCUGCUUGUCGAACGCGGCGCGAAUGUGAGCAGCAAAGGCGUGCUCCAAGGGUUCAUAGAGACCACGAACCAAUGUGCGUUCUCCAAUGAAGAAACAGCAAAGCUGCUUCUUGAUCACGGCGCAGAUUCCAGUGCACGGGACUACAUCAGUACAACGGUUUUCAACAAAGACAACAAAAAGGCCUUGAUCGAACUUCUCUCCGCGUGUGGACUUGGCCCAGGCAAAAUCAAUGGCUGGGAUCGAAUGAAAGAGACCCCCGAAGGCAGGGCCGAAUUAAUGAAGCAGCUGUUAGAUCUUGAUGUCAAUAUCAAAUGUCGCACUACAUUUGGACCAACCCCACCUCAAUCGACCAUCUCGGAUAGAUCAAACCCAUACGAAUGCAAUUUGGAUGAAGAUGAUCUCAAUGGACCCGAUCGAUUUGGACGCCCAAUAUCUGAACCCGAACCUGAGAACCCCGAUUAUGGAACCUGUGAUUCAUUCAUUCGCAAAUCGGUAAAGCUUCUUUUCAGCCACGGAGCCGAUGGGAGCAUUAGAGAUAGCGAAGAACAGAAUCUCCUUUACCAAACUGACAACAAGCGUCUCGUGAAGCUUAUCCUCGCCCAUGGAGCGGAGGUGAAUGUGGUGGACUCAUACGGUCAAACACCCCUGCUUGCCAUGACACACGGAGCAUCGAAAGCGAUGGUUGGAACAAUCAAAUUACUAUUGAAGCAUGGAGCUAAUAUUGCUGCAAAGAAUGCCGACGACAACACACCUCUCCACCUGGCGGUACUGACUUCGGCAUGGGAAGUGGUCGAGUUGCUUCUUGAUCAUGGAGCGGAUCGAAAUAGCCGCAAUCAAGACGGGGAGACACCAAUGGAUCUUCUGGCCCGUCGCCGGAGUCAUCAGGAGCAAUUCUCGUUCAACAGAAACAAAAAGGGGGAUUUGAUGACUUUUAGAGAUCAAGCGUACCGAGAUCUCUGUUGGCAGUGGUGGCAUGCAUGUCAUUAUUCGGAUCCUAUAUAUUAUUGCUAUUAUUAG